AUGUCUUCUGCAGUAGCGGAGCUGGACUCUAUCUUGCAGUCCAUGCUCAACUUGAAGCCGCCAGGGGUUUCCGGUUCCAAGAUCACCGCCAUCACCUCACUCUGUACCGCGAAUAUCCAAUCUGAGUCAGUUUUGAUCCAGAAGAUCUAUACGCAUUUCAAGAAGACGCCGGGGACACACAAACUGGGAGUACUCUAUGUUGUAGACUCGGUGACACGACAAUGGGUAGAUCAAGCCAGAAAGUCGGGUCAACAGCCUGGUAGCGGAGCCCCUGAUGGGACUUUCGCCGCUGGUGUGACUCGCGUGACUGAAUUACUACCUGUGCUCAUGAACGACAUCAUUGCAACAGCCCCAGAAGAUCAGAAGGUCAAAAUCAAGAAGCUCAUCGAGAUUUGGGAGCGGUCCAACACUUUUCCUGCUCCAUUACUGGCAUCCCUGAAGGAAAAGCUUGAUGCACCAAGAGAUGGUUCUAAUGCCCGGGUAGUCUCAACCACACCAGAGAAAUCGCCAGCGCCUGGCUUCGUCCCCCUGGGCCAACCAGCGGCUAACUCUGCCUCUACAAUGCCGCCUCAACAAGACACUUCAGCCAUCCUCGAGGCCCUCAAGAAUAUGGCAAAGCAGAACGCCGCCGCACAGCCCGCCGUCGCACCCGCACCAGCGCAAUCUAGUUUGAAUAAUCUGUUAGGCACGCAGAAUGGGACUCCUCAGCCGACCAGUACCGUAAACACAGGCCCUCCUCCCGCUGCCAUGGCCGCCAAUGGGCAGGCUGUAAACCCCCUUGGAGCUCUAUUCGCUGGAAUGAGUAAUGGUGCGCAAAGUCAGAGUCCUGCGAAUGUACCUCAGAAUCCGCUGGCUGCGUUUCUUCCUCAGCCACAAGCUCCUGUCCCGAUGGCGCAGAAUCCCGCUCCCUUAGGUCAAGAUCCUCAGGCUCAGUUCCAACUAUUGCAGCUUCUGGCUGCUCAAGGAGUUCCUCCCGAUCAAUGGGCCACUGCGCUACAGUUGUUGAACAUGCAAACUGCCAAUGCCAGCGCUGGCGCCGUGCCUGGCCUUCCCUUUCCGCCACCAAUGCAAGCAAACAACUGGGCCGGCCAGCCGGUCGGUCAGUCACGUGAUGUCCACACCCGCUCACCUCCGAACCAGUAUCGACGCCGGUCUCGCUCUCCUGGAUUCGACAGACGACGAGAUCUGUCUCCCAGACGUCGCCGGGACAGUCCCGGUCCUGAUCAGUACCGUAAUGACCGUGAUGGCCGGCGCGGGAAUGACUAUCGUCAGCGAAGCCCAGCUGGUCGGAGACGUCGAACGUCGACACCGCCCGCUAGUGAUAUCAAACUGCCACCGCCGGGCCCGAAGAACAUAACUUGGGAUACGUCUCUGCCCAAAGGUCACAUCAAAGUGUACAGUCGGACCCUAUUCGUGGGUGGGGUUACCUCUAGUGAAGCACAUCUGCGAGCCAUCUUCAACAAGUUCGGGGUGGUCCAGACCUGCAUCGUCAACGUCGACAAACGUCAUGCCUUUGUGAAGAUGAUUAAUCGUCGAGAUGCGGAGAGUGCUCGCAAUGGGUUGGAAGAAUACAAAGCCGGUGACAUACAGCUUCGGACCAAAUGGGGUGUCGGUUUUGGACCACGUGACUGCAGCGACUAUGCAACCGGCGUUAGUGUCAUUCCUAUCGAACGUCUGACGGAUGCCGACCGCAAGUGGCUGGUGACGGCCGAAUAUGGCGGGACAGGCGGUCUUCCGAUCGAGCAGUUCAUGGUGGUCGAGGAGCCGGAUAUUGAGAUUGGCGCGGGUGUUUCUUCCAAAGCCAUGAGUCGACGCAUUGCCACCGAUGCAGGUGGCCGACGUGGACCCCAGUCAUCCCGCCUCCAUUCCGGCCGGGACGAUGGUCACCGGGACGAUGAUCGCCGCAUGGAUCGCAAUGAUCGACAAUCAGGCGCCGGCAACAGUGGCAGCGGGAUGCCGGGAAUGCCUUUCCCAAUGAACUUUGGAAACAUGACCAACGGCAUGCCUGUCUUCGCAGCGGGCUUCCAAUAUCCGCCGUCCCAGCAACAGGGCAAGCAGGAUUAG